AUGCAGAAAGAGUCAAUACUAAAUGGUGAUAUUUCACUUCCACAACCACCACCACCACCAUCAUCACAAUCACUAUCACAUCAUCCAAAUUAUCCAAUGUUACUUGCUGCUCAACAACAAUUAUAUGAUUAUGCUGUACGUCUUCGAUUUGGUGGAGGUCCACCACCACCAGGACCAUCAGCAUUAUCAGGACCUGGUCCACAUCAUCCGUCAUUUAAUGAUCCACAUUCUUUAUAUGCAUUUCAUCAACGACAUGAUCCUCGAUUACGUUGUCUUCUACGUGAAGAACCUAAACCGUCCUAUUCAUAUAUUGGACUUAUUGCAAUGGCUAUAUUAAGUUCUCCUGAACGAAAACUUGUUCUUUCCGAUAUAUAUCAAUGGAUAUUAGAUCAUUAUGCUUAUUUUCGUGCACGAGGUCCUGGUUGGCGUAAUUCUAUUCGACAUAAUCUUUCAUUAAAUGAUUGUUUUAUAAAAGCUGGCCGUUCAGCGAAUGGAAAAGGUCAUUAUUGGAGUAUUCAUCCAGCUAAUCUAGCUGAUUUUAGUAGUGGAGAUUUUCGAAGACGUCGAGCACAACGACGUGUUAGAAAAAGUAUGGGCUUAUCAGUACCUGAUGAUGAAGAAGAUGAUGAUGAAAUAUUACCAACGAAUGGAACAGAACAUCAUUUUGAACAUCCACUAACGAAAUUUCCAUCAGAUGAACUACGUCCUAAUGUAACUGACUUAUCGCUUUCAUCAUCGUCAUCAUCAUCAACUACAGCAGCCAACAGUACAGGUGUGACACCAAAUCUUCUUCAACGUUAUUUCGAUGACAUGCAACGUGUUGUUGUAUCUCGAUUAGAACAUCAACAAAAUCAUCAUUCACAAUUAUUCUUCCCAUCUCCUCCACAAUCUCUUAAUACAAGUCGAAAUCCUGCAAUAACAACGACAACAACUUCAACACCACUUCGUCCAUUAUCAACAACGCAAAAUCAACGAAAACGUUGUUUCGAUGUUGAUAGUCUUUUAGCACCCGAACAACCAUGUUUAAUUAAACGACAUAAAUCCAGUUUAGAUGGGAAUGAAGAUAUUUGUAGUCCAGAUUCCAAGUCAGACGGUUCAACCGAUACAGACAUAUCAGCUUGA